CGUCCAGCAGCUGAUCGGUAAUCCAGAAGAAGUUUCCCCUCAGUUAGGGGGGAGCUCCACUUUGAAGCAGGAGACUCCACAACCACCCUGCAUUAAAAAGGAAGAGGAGGAACUCUGCAUCACUCAGGAGGGAGAGUGUCUUCUAGGACGAGAAGAAGCUGGUUACACCAAGUUUCCACUGAGUAUUCUCUCUGUGAAGACUGAAGAUGAUGAAGAGAAACCACAAGUAAACAACCUCUUAGCUCCACUAUCAGAUAGUGAGGCUGAAGACGAGGUUGAAGAACCUCUGAGCAGCGAUAAAGACUGUGAAGGUGAUAUGAGGACUCACACUGACAACAAACACUCUGAAUGCUCUUCAAAGAAGAGAGGUCAAACAUGUUUGAGUUGUUCAAUUUGUGGUCAAAGUUUUACUAAAAAGAGCCAAUUGACUCAACACAUGAGAAUACACACAGGUGAAAAACCAUUUAAGUGUUCAGUUUGUGGCAAACGCUUUUCUCGAAAUAGCCAUGUGACUCGACACAUGAGAACACACACAGGAGAAAAAACAUGUAAUUGUUCAGUUGGUGGCAAAAGCUUUUCUGCAAAUUGCCAUGUGACUCAACACAUGAGAACACACACAGGAGAAAAAACAUUCAGUUGUUCAGUUUGUGGCAAAAGCUUUUCUCGAAAUUGUGAUUUGACUGAACACAUGAGAACACACACAGGUGAAAAACCAUUUAGUUGUUCAGUUUGUGCAAAAAGCUUUUCUCGAAAUUUCAAUUUGACUCACCACAUGAGAACACACAGAGAUGAAAAACCAUUUAAUUGUUCAGUUUGUGGCAACAGCUUUUCUCAAAAUAGCAAUUUGACUCGACACAUGAGAACACACACAGGUGAAAAACCGUUUAAUUGUUCAGUAUGUGGCAAAAGCUUUUCUCAGAAUAGCUAUUUGACUCGACACAUGAGAAUACACACAGGUGAAAAACCAUUUAGUUGUUCAGUUUGUGGCAAAAGCUUUUCUGUUAAGAAAAUAUUGACACGACACAUGAGAACACACUGGACUAAGACCAUUUAAUUGUUCAGUUUGUGGUAAAAACUUUAAUCAAAACAGCUUUUUGUGGUGACACAUGAGAACACACGCUGGAGAAAAAACAUUUAGUUGUUCAGUGUGCUGUAAAAGGUUCACACAUAUUGCAGACACAGUAAAACCCAUAAGAACACACAAGAGAAAAUAACCAAUUAGCUGUUUAGUUUGUGUCAAGUUUGUGCACGCUCAAAAACCUGCACUACACCCUUUUUCACUGCAAAGUUGAUAUCUAUCAUAACUGACUAACGCAUAUGUGAUGCUGGGUAACUGUUUGCAUAACCAAGUGCCAACUUUUACUCCUCAGACUGAUUGAUGUGCAAAUCAGAGACAUAUGAACAAUUAACCCCCAACACCCACAACCCAACCCCCACCUCCCUCGACAUUCGGGCAUAACAGGUUCAAUCCGGCCCGCGAGGUGAGUUUGCAAAGAGUAAAAGUCAGCUGCAUUUUUUUAAUGAAAGAAACUGCUGUUCUAAUUGUGUCCACUGGAUGUCGCAAUAACAAUUUACUUAGGCAAGCAAAUAGUUUAUACUUGGGCGAACAAGUAUACCAAGCAAGAGGUACACGGUAAAGCGGGGCUGUGACUCCUCCCCCUCCACCCAACAUAAAACAGGAGUAAAAUAAGCAAUCUGUAACCCCACUUAAAAUGCAGCAUGAGACACUGCACACUGAUAUAGUUCUGUGAAAAUGAUUGUCUUCUGUGCAAAUGUAAAGAAAGUGAACAGUGUGUGAUUUACUGCAAUACUGUCAGUCUUUGAACUUUUUAUUUGUGCUUUGUUGAAAUUGUUCACACAUUGCACAGCUUUUAUUUUUCUAUCAAAACACAUUAUGUCUAGAAGACAGGAAGUAACACAACACUCUUGAAUAGUUUCUACCAGGGGCGUCACUAGCUUUUAAGGACAGGGGGGGCUUAGCCCCCAGGAGAACGAACGUAGCGCACGAGCACAAAACUACACAAAAUACUAACAAAUACUUAGAAAUUAUUCAUUGUUAUUAUUAUUUAAAAAUGCACGGGACGAAAUGAAAUGCUCCCCGGGACGAUGGCUUUUAACCAUUUUUUUUUCUUUUUCUUUUUAUGUAUUUAUUCAUUUAACAUGUUAUAUUAAAUGUCUUGGUUUUUCCUCCCUCUGAAAAUCAUAUGAACUGUUUAGCAAGCCAUCCUAUAAUAAUACAACAGCUAUUAAUGUAACAAUACAAUAAAACAAAUAUAUUUAAUUAUGUUUUUUUCAUUAUUUUAACAUUAGGCUAAUGUAUAUUACUUUAUAUAGAUUCUACAAGAGUGAUGUGGGCAUUUUCUAUAUGAACAAGUCCAAGGACCGCAGGCAAGGUCGCAGAGAAAAUGCGGACUGGAUUUUGAGUGAUGUGGGCAUUUUCUAUAUGAACAAGUGAAAUGGAUUGGAUACCGACACACUAAAGGGGCUCUUUACCUUAAAGUACCAAUGAUUGUCACACACACACACACUAGGUGUGGUGAAAUGUGUCCUCUGCAUUUGACCCAUCCCCUUGUUCACCCCCUGGGAGGUGAGGGGAGCAGUGGGCAGCAGCGGUGCCGCGCCCGGGAAUAAUUUUUGGUGAUUUACGCUAUGAAGUGAGGGGAAACUGAGUGAAUAAUGACAGUUUAUAUGAUUAUUUAUUUAAACUCAUAUUCGGGCCACUUUAUAAUGAA